CUACGCCUCGUGCAAAAUGGCACACCCCCUCUUCCCUUCUCUCUCCGGAGUCGGGCCUAAAAUAGACGGCCGCCAAUGCCGAACUAAAUCAACGCUCCAUCGGGUCCCAUCCCACUCAUCCUCUAUUCCUACGCGCCCAACACACACACACACACACUCUCUCUCUUUCACCCUUUGAGUCUACAAAAAUACGCAAGAACUGCCAGGCGGGGGACGGUGGUCCACUUUCAGCCGGAUCUCGUUACAGCCGGCUACUCUCUGCUUGCCACGCCUACGAUAAGCCCCUGCACCAUCAGCUGCCUUCCUCUCAAUCCCUCUCCCCACCUUCACAUUCACUCCGCUCUGAGUCUCCACAUUUCUGAUCGAAUUUUACUCCCCCCCCCCCCCCCCCCCGCGGGGACCCUACUCUCUUCUUCCUCUACUUCUCUCUCUCUCUCUCUCUCUCUCUCUCUCUCUCACAAUUCGGAGAUUCCAGCUUCAACGUUAGCAUUCCAGCUUCAAGCAUUUGAUCCGUCGCGAUCAGUCUUCGAAGAUUGAUUGCUCGAGGACGUUGCCAGAAUCAUACGUAUAUGUGUGUGUACACAUACGCACACACAUACAGAUGAGUGUGCUUUGAAGCUUUGUAAUUGUGAAGACAAAGCAAAAUCCGAGCAUUGGACUGGAUUAGAUUGGGAUCGAAGAUCUUUAGAGGGAAGUUAGUUUAUCAUCUGUGUUUUGGUGGUUGGUUGGAGCUGGAGGAAUUUCGGUUAUAUAUGGUUUUGAGGGGUUUUCAAGUGUUGGGUUGUGUUCGUUUUACGGUCGACAGAGUUUUGGAUUGUGUAUAGGUUCUUAUUGAGCCUGAGAAUUAGUCGACAUGGUGGCCGCUAAUUUAUUCCAUUGUAGAAAGAAUUCGUGGCCGCCGGACGAGUACGUCGCUCGGGCGACUUUGCAGUUGCUUGAUUUUGAUAGUGCUGCCCCACCAGAGCAAGCAUGGAGAAGGAGACUAAACAGCCAUGCGAAUAUUCUGAAAGAGUUCAGUGUUACAUUUAUGGAAGCCAUAAGGAUGGUUCGACUUGGUAUUCGACUUUGGUCUUAUAUUAGGGAGGAGGCCUCUCAUGGAAGGAAAGCACCUAUUGAUCCUUUCACUCGAGAGAGUUGCAAGCCAUCAGCAUCACAAGGGGUUCCGCUUGGAGGGAUGGGAAGUGGCAGUAUAUCUCGAGGCUUCAGGGGUGAGUUCAGGCAUUGGCAAAUUAUCCCUGGUAUUCGUGAAGCUUCUCCUAUAAUGGCCAAUCAGUUCUCUAUCUUUAUAUCUAGAGAUGGAGGAAGCAAAAAUUAUGCAUCAGUUUUAGCCCCUGGUCAGCAUGAAGGCUUAGGGAAAUCUGGUGAUCAGGGUAUUUCUUCAUGGGGCUGGAAUUUGAGUGGACAGCAUUCCACAUACCAUGCUCUCUUUCCCAGGGCAUGGACAAUUUAUGAUGGUGAACCAGAUCCAGAGCUUAAAGUGUCUUGCCGCCAAAUAUCACCAUUUAUACCACAUAAUUAUAGAGAAAGCAGUCUUCCUACUGCUGUUUUUGUUUACACGUUAGUGAACACCGGGAAGGAAAGGGCAAAAGUCAGCCUUCUCUUCACAUGGGCGAACUCAAUUGGAGGGAUCUCACACCUCUCAGGAGAUCAUGUAAAUGAACCAUUUAUAGGCGAAGAUGGAGUCUCUGGCGUUCUUCUACAUCACAAGACCGCAAAAGAGAAACCUCCUGUCACCUUUGCUAUAGCUGCAUGUGAAACUCAGAAUGUGAAUGUGACUGUUCUGCCAUGUUUUGGACUAUCUGAAGGAAGUCAAGUUACUGCAAAGGAUAUGUGGUGUAAAAUGGUCCAGGAUGGGCAUUUUGAUCAGGAGAACUUCAAUUCUGGACCAAGCAUGCCUUCAUCGCCUGGGGAAACGCUUUGUGGUGCAGUCUCAGCUUCAGCAUGGGUGGAACCCCAUGGAAAGUGCACUGUUGCAUUCGCUGUUGCUUGGUCGUCCCCAAAAAUAAAAUUUUUAAAAGGAAGUUCAUAUCACAGGAGGUACACAAAAUACUAUGGAACUUCUGAAAGAGCCGCUCUGAACUUGGUGCAUGAUGCUCUAAAAAAUUAUAAGCGGUGGGAGGAAGAGAUUGAGAAAUGGCAAAAUCCUAUCCUCGACGAUGACCGGCUUCCUGAAUGGUACAAAUUCACAUUGUUUAACGAGCUCUACUUUUUAGUUGCUGGCGGAACAGUUUGGAUUGAUUCUUUUCCUCCAGCUUCUGAUGGGGGAGAUAACUGUCAUCAAGUGACAGAUGUAGAAAACACAAAUGUUGAAGUAACCAAAGCCAAAGUAAACCGCAGGCAAGAUCCAGUGGUAGACCAUACUAUUGUUAGAGAUUAUGGUUAUUGUGAUUGCAAUGCUAUGGAGAAUGAGGAUAAAAGUAUUCCAAGGACAGAUGCACAUAGAAAUGAGAUGGUGAGUCCUCUGAAGGGAGAUGACAAUCAGUCUCAACAUCUCUAUACAUUAACAGAUUCAAAAAAUGAUGGCGAUGAUGUGGGUAGAUUUCUAUAUUUGGAAGGAGUGGAAUAUAUUAUGUGGUGUACCUAUGAUGUACACUUCUAUGCAUCUUUUGCACUUCUUGAGCUGUUUCCCAAAAUUGAACUCAAUAUUCAGCGUGAUUUUGCAAAAGCUGUCUUAUCAGAAGAUGGAAGAAAAGUGAAAUUUUUGACUGAAGGAAAUAGUGGAAUACGGAAAGUCCGUGGAGCUGUUCCUCAUGAUCUUGGAACACAUGAUCCAUGGCAUGAAAUGAAUGCAUAUAACAUACAUGAUACAAGUGUGUGGAAGGAUCUGAAUCCGAAGUUUGUGCUUCAGGUGUAUAGGGAUUUUGCUGCAACACGGGAUAUGUCUUUUGGAGCUGAUGUGUGGCCUGCUGUCUGUGCUGCAAUUAAUUAUAUGGAACAAUUUGAUAGAGACAACGAUUGCCUAAUUGAGAAUGAUGGGUUCCCUGAUCAAACUUAUGAUACUUGGACAGUUCAUGGCAUAAGUGCUUACUGUGGCUGCUUGUGGGUGGCUGCACUUCAAGCUGCAGCUGCAAUGGCUGCUCAACUAGGUGACCAGGUCUUUGCUGAAAGAUUCAAAAGCAAAUUCUUGAGGGCUAAAUCUAAAUUUGAAGAAAAACUAUGGAAUGGUUCUUAUUUUAACUAUGACAGCGGGUCAAGUAGUAACAGUAGAUCUAUUCAAGCUGAUCAACUGGCAGGGCAAUGGUAUACAGCAUCCUCAGGCUUGCCUUCCCUUUUUGAUGAUUUCAAAAUCAAAAGUGCUCUACAGAAAAUCUAUGAUUUCAAUGUUAUGAAGGUUAGAGGAGGAAGGAUGGGUGCUGUGAAUGGAAUGCAUCCCAACGGAAAGGUGGAUGAGACUUGCAUGCAGUCACGUGAAAUUUGGGCGGGUGUUACUUAUGGUCUUUCAGCUACAAUGAUUCAUGCUGGGAUGGAGGAACAAGCUUUUACUACGGCUGAGGGUAUUUUUAUCGCAGGCUGGUCAGAAGAGGGAUAUGGAUAUUGGUUCCAGACACCAGAGGCUUGGACAAUUGACGGGCACUUCCGAUCCCUAAUGUACAUGAGACCGCUUGCAAUCUGGGGAAUGCAGUGGGCGCUGUCCCUUCCCAAGACAAUCCUGGAGGCUCCUAAGAUCAACAUAAUGGACAGAAUUCGCACGUCGCCUGUAAGUGCAACACACAACGAAACUGGUGUCAGAAAAAUAGCCAAGAGAGGAAAGUGCUUUCGCAAUUCCGUGUUUCAUUGCGCAUGCUGAUUUUGCUGCUUGGUGUUAGGAUGAGAUGCAUGCUGGACUUGGAAGAAUAUUUUUUUCUCUUUUUUGGAGGGGGUGGGGGUGGCCAAGAGGAUAAAACAGGAGUGGGCUGCAACAGCAGGGUGAUAUUUGUCAUCCUUGAAUUGGACUCACCUAAAUCUAAUUUAUUACUUAAUAUAUGGACUACUGUUUCCUCAAGAUUAACUCAUAAUUAAGUGAUGUGGAAGUAUGAAUUCCGGACCUUAGGUUUGGAUUUGGAUGAAUUUGAACAAAUUUCAAUAUAAAUUUGUAUUACAUUUUAUUCAAAUUCAACAUAAUUUUAUGGUUGCAUUCUGCACAAAA